GCCGCUCCCACAGCCCAAUAGUAGGCGGCUGCGUGUGCGAGCAAGGCCGGAGAAAGAUGGCGGCGCCCGUCCUGAGAGUGUCCACCCCUCGAUGGGAGAGAAUAGCCCGGCUGCUGGUCUGCGUCUUGGGCAUCCUGCUGUCCUUCUACGCUUUCCAUGUGGAGACGGAAAAGGCCAGAGACCCGAACUACCUGGCCAUGUGCGACGUGGGCGACUCUGUGAGCUGCUCCAAAGUGUUCACCUCCAGAUGGGGUAGAGGAUUUGGGCUGCUGGGCUCCAUUUUUGGUAAAAACAGUGCAAUGAACCAGCCAAACAGUGUCUACGGACUCAUGUUUUAUGUUUUCCAGCUGUUACUAGGGAUGACGGUAAGUGCGGUGGCGGCCCUGAUCCUCAUGACGACGUCCAUUGUGUCGGUAGUGGGAUCGCUGUACCUGAGCUACAUCCUGUACUUCGUGCUGAAGGACUUUUGCAUCAUCUGCAUCACCACGUACGCGCUGAACUUCAUUCUCUUUGUCCUCAACUACAAGCGGCUCGUUUACUUGAAUGACGCUUGGAAGCAGCAACUCCAAGCCAAGCAGGACUAAUCGUCAACCCUCCCCACCUCUGAACUCUCUGACUUGCCACCAGGAGACCUCUGCUUCCACGAUGUUCAUUCUGCAGUUUAAAAACAAAUCAUCCGUUGGGUGACGGAGAUCGCAAGUACCAUGAGUAAGAGAGAAGGAUUUAAAAAAAAGAGAGAGAAAAAUCAGCCUUUUUUAAUCUUUUUUUUUUGUUUGUUUUCUUCAUUUUUCCAUUAUCUGCUUCCUGUGUUGACAUUCCUUUCCAGGAGGUGGACAGGGGAAACAAGAAGACAAGCGAGCACUGACGAACCUUAAAUGUCUUUUACAUUGAACUUGGAGGACACCCCAGUCUAGGGGAGGAAAAUGAACUUUUAAAGUUGUAUACUUGAAAUGGAUAGGAAGAUCAGUUCCUGUAUGCCUGAGCUGUACAUCAAUCUAAAGGAACUUAAUUAAGAGGAAAAUAAUUGCAUGAUCAUAAGGUUACUGUACAGUUCAUGUAAUGAUUCCAAGAACAGAAGUGAAAAGAAAAAUGUUUUUGUUUACAAUAUGUUUUGAAAAGGACCACUAAUAUUGCAUUACGGAGGAGAACUUGCAGCUUUUUAAUGUAGAGCUCUCAGAUUUUCUGACCAAGUUAGCCUCCUUUUUACUUUGUGUAAAUAUCUGCUCUGUUAAUAUUCCAGGAUAGGUAGAGCUCUAUGUUUUAGUGUUGUCGGAGAAAAAAAAAACUGGACUGAAAUCAGUGCUGAUCUGGAACAAUAUUCCCAAAACGUGUUUGCAACUGCCAUGACCACAGUAGUUUCCACAAGUCGGGCUGAGGCCAAGUGCUGUUCUGGGCUCUGCUGAUGCAUAUUAACUAAGAAGUUGUAAGUCACCUGCCUGGGUCACUGAGGGUUACAAUGUGCUUGCUUUCACCCUCCUGUUAAAACAGUAGAACUGGAUUUUACCAGGAUCAAAACUAAGACCGUACCCUUUGUUUUCUUGCUGGGAGCACGUAAGUAGCAAGUUCCCAAAACCGCAGUUUCCGUACAAGAAUCGCAUAGAAAGCACCUGAGAACCAGUUUUCGAUCGGAUUUCUUUGAGGGAUUCAGCAGGUCUCAUGGGUAAUGUAAUGUAGCAUGUAAUCAUGGCACGAGGCAUAGGACUUGCUGCUUAAAGUUAUGUAGACGUGCAUAGCUGUAGUUUGUGGUCAUUUCUAAUGGGCUCUUUAUUCAGCCAUUCAUACAGCUUAAUGAACUGUGCACCAUUUUAUUAAAAAUCAUGGUCAGAAGGGUUAUUUACAAUUGUUGUAUCAUUUCCAAAUUCUGCUAAGCUGCAAUCGUAUCUAGAAAGAAGGUAAAUUCCUUAUGUCGGGCUUCUCAACUGGUUUGCCUGAAAUCCCAAGUUAGUCAUUUCUAGAGUAGUCCUUGAACUGGUCAUUAGGAUGUUGCAAGAGGACAGGUAAAGCCUUAUCAGUGGCCAGUGGGCUUUGAAAACCUUAUUAAUUUUGCUAAAGAGAGAUUAGUGUGUUUUACCAGUGAAUAUGCUAUCUGAUACAGAGUAGAAUUCAAAUUGUGCUGUAGCAUCUUGUAUUAUAGGCUUACAAGCACAGUGGGCAGUGGGGCACUGAUUUCUUGUAGGUCUAAGAAAUGUCAUGUUUUCCAUUAAAUGGCCCAUUUUUACAGAAUUGUGCUAUUAUACAAUAUGUUGGUAUGCUUAACCUAAAAGGUUAAGGUUGGUUCUUCAAAGCAGGUUUUCAUAUAUUAGGUCCAUGGUUAAAUAACUGUCUAAACACUCUUGUGUGAUUUACUUCUGUUUUCUAAAGUAUUCCAAGCUUAAAUGUAACAAUUGUACUUUAAGCCACACAUCUACAUUAAUGACUAAUGUGUAUUUGGGGAUUUUUAUGCCUUCUGUCAAGUUUUUGCUCACUGCUCUUUGUAGUGCUGAAUGCCUGGAAAUGUCACUGUUAAAAGAAAUCUGUCUGCUGUGGGUAUGGUGCUGGCUAGUUUGUAGGUAUCAGGUUUUUUGUGCACAUCCUACUAAUUGGCAGGGAUUGAUGUUGGUGGUUGUUGUGCAGUCAGAAUAGUUCUUCCUUGCAUUGUUCCACUCCCCACAAAUACUUCCCAGAAGGCUGUGCUUUUCCUUGGUUAUAUGCCCAAAAUGGGUAACCUAGCACCUGAUACCUCACAAUAGCUAAAAAAUGCUUUGUAAAACCUGCCAAGGAACGAGAAGCAAGUUUGGUUCUGUAAGUCAGACACACCCACACUAAGGAGCUUACAUGCUUUUCUGCUAUCAGAACUCAAGCCAUUUGUGUCAUUGUGCAGGAUUGCAUAACAGCAUAGGGUCACAAUAAUAACAUUGAAGCUGGUGGCAGCUAGUCUUUUCUGAACAGAGCAGAGUUGAAUCUGUGCUUGUUGAUAACGAUGUAAACCACUGUAGUGCAAAAUGAAAAGAAAAACAUUUGCAGUUGUCUGCUGUAGAAAUCAAAGUAUGCAUUACUGUCCUGUGAUAAUCAGCAGCAAGGUUUUUUUUUUUGGUUUGUACUCGGAACGUGUGUUAUGUGGUCUUUGUCAGCAGUCCCGUUUAAUCCUUGCAGUGCUGGAACCUGGUUUUGGUUGUGGCAUUGAAAUAAAGCAUGUAGAAUUUCCAGUUAGCCUGGUAUGUCUGCAAAAUUAUGCUCUUAGUUGAAAAGAAAAAAAUUGCUUCGCAACUCUGAACAGUUUGAUUGGGAGCUACUAUUUUUGUUUGUUAGUUUUCCACAUAAUUGGAUCACUAAUAUUCAUUUAACCAACACCCCCAGAAAUGUUUUGAGUUUAAUUGGUUCUGUGAAUAGACUGUCAAGAUUAAAUAAUAGCAGUUCAACAUUGACUUAAUCCCUGGAUCUUAAAAUAUAAGAGUUUCACGUGACCACAAGAAAAGGAGAAAAAGUGCCUUCUGUUUAACACUAGACCUUGAGUUGGCCACAUUCUUGUCUUGUUAAACAAUAAAUGGCAGUUGGCUCUUUUGCUUGCCUUUGAGGUUUAUUACAUUCAUUUGAAGUCCCUUGUUAAGCUCUGUUAGUCUGAUUUAUAGAUGUUGUAGGAGAGCACAGCCUACAAAAUCCCCAUUGUCAGACCUCUUGUGCUGUUUUUUUUAGUUUUGUGCAAGUAUUUUGUAAUGCAAUUAUUUUUCCCCCGGUGACAGUGAUGGUUCUCGGUACCAAGUGGCUUCUUUUGUACAUCUUUCAUUAUUUUUGUUCUGUUUACACACUUUGAGGACGGUUUUACACUGAUUUUUUUUUGUUGUUAGUGAAGUUAUUUUCCUUCCAGGGGGACUUGUAAGGUGAAGUAUUAUGCCCUUUCACGGUGUAGAAAGAGUUCACACUAUUUAGGUGGUUUGGGUAGAAAAUGCUUGAAAUGGGUCAGAGGUCAGGGAUUUGUCAGUGUCGAGUUUUUGUUUGGGAAAACGGUUUUUAAGGGUUGCUUCUGUAUUAUUUUGCCAAACAUAAGUUGAUGAAAACGCUGUAUUUUCUUACAUGAAAAGUGUUACAUGAAGGUAGGUAAAAAUAAAUAAAUCUCACAAUCUAAAGUUCCCAUCAUUAGAUACUGUAUGAGAGGUGUUGCGUGUGAUGACACUACAUUGAACACUUGAACCGUGUCACUGUCGUGUGGAAAUGGUCAACCAUUAAAACAUUCCCUCUUAAUUGACA